GAGAAAGGGAUAUAAUAAUUUAGCUCAAAUCAGUUUAGGGAAACCAUUAACAAGCAGUUUGUGUAGUCCGAGCUUGACCGUUUUAUCAUCUCUGCUACAUCUUUUGGAGUAAAGUGGUUUUUGGACUAAGGAUCAUCAUGAUACCAUGGUGGCCCAACUGCUAGGGCUGGUCUUUUUAUUUCUACCCACCAACCUGCUCACCUUUAUCACAUAUGCGGUGGAGAUCAAUCCCAAAUGGGAGGUGGUGUACAAGGACACCAGUGUGUAUGGAGUGGUGGACAAAGCGGUCAUCCUGGAAUGCGGUCCCACCUUACCUGACAUGUACAUAUGGAGCUUCACCAUGCCUGGAACUGAAGCUAUAAGAGCUGUGGUGUAUGAUUUGGGGAAAGGACAACAGGGAAACACCAACAUUAUCAACGUGACCAACAUCAAUCGCAACCACACCGGCUGGUACCGCUGUGUUGCCAGCAAUGCCGUCAACAGUGAGAGCUCCAACCGGUUAUGGCUGGACACCGUCUUUGGCCCGGAUGUCCCUCAGAUAGACGUGACUCCGUACAGUAUAACAGAACGGGGAUAUUCAGCCCUGGAGAGAGAGACUGUCUCUUUACUGUGUCAAGCCCAGUCCAACCCGGGCAGUCAGUACGUCUGGUUCUACAACAACUCCCAGGUCUACACUGGGCCGCAGUUAACCAUCACUAAGAUCCUACGCAUGCACACCGGCGACUACACCUGCUCGGCCGAAAACACUUACCUCAACACCCGCUCCAAAAAAACCAUCAGCUUGACCGUCUACUACCCACCCGAUGGCUCCCCCUCCUGUUCUGUUGAAGCAGCUCUGAAUUAUACCGCUUUGAGACUCCUCUGUUCUUGGCCCGGCGGAUUACCCUCCCCCUCUCUCCACUGGACCGGACUCGGGAACCAAGUGGGCCAAGACGAGGCUGGCACAGGGCAGCAAACAAAUCCAAUGACCAGCACUGCCGUCUUGCUGCCAUCUGAAGGCCUCAACUCCAACAGCUUGUUUACUUGCCUGGGCUCCCACCUGGCCCUCAAACAACCAACAGAGUGCAGCACACGUACAUAUAUUCCUCCUGCAGAGCCGGAGUGUUUUGCCUAUGUGACUAACAUUACACAGUAUCUGAUGCUGUCCUGCUCCUGGGAUGGAGGGGCCCCCAAAGCCUUGGUGUGGUGGGAGGGCCCAGAUGGCCAGGCCAAAGGUGGAGAAGAAAACUCCAACAUCCUGAUCCUUCGCUACGGCACCGCCCGCAGCGGAAAACCCUACACCUGCCAUGCUAAGCAUCCACUUCUGGUCCAAACCAAAACCUGCAGGCUGACACUGGAGGCUCCUGUAUUGCUGACACAGCGCAGAGUUGUGUCUGUAUACGAGGGGAGUGACGUUCAGCUCACCUGCAACCUGAGAUCCAACUACCUUCCUGUCAGUGAAAUCACCUGGUUUAACAAUCAGGGUGUGGGCGUCCUAGACACCUCAAAGUACGCACUGCUGCAAACAUCUGCCUGGGCCAAUCUGACUGUGAAAGACACAGACACACAAGACAGCGGCGAGUACAGAUGCUUUGCUUCCAAUGCAGUGGGAGGAACUGAAAUUAAUGUCACUUUAGUGAUCAACAGGUACCCCAUGCCACCCAAUGUGACCCUGGUCAAAGUGAUGUACAAAAGCCAACAGCGUAAUGAGGUAGAGCUGGAGUGGCAGGUAGAGAACGAAGGAGGAGGAGGAUGGACAGGUUUCAUCCUGCAGCACAUAUGGGUGUCAGAGCAACCAGGAAGUAGAGGCAGCAACAAUGAUUCAAAACAAGAGACGGAGGAGAGGAUCAGUCCACCAGACUGGUACCCUAUUAUCAUCCAGGACCCAGAAGUCAGGAUCUACACAGUAGGGAGACUGACACCGACCGUUACCUACCAGUUCCGCAUCACACCUGUCAACCACCGCACCGUCGGACACCCUUCUGCAGCAAAGACUCCAGCCAUGAAGACAGUUCCCGUCAGUAAGCCUUACCUACUGAUGAGUGAUGUAUCUCCGGUGGAGGGAUCUACAAUGUGGAUGCGCUGCAAUCUCGAAUCUGGCACUGGACCCAUCCAGUAUGUGUGGCAGUAUGAGACCCGCAGCGGCAACAUCUCAGCCUUUGCACAGGGAAACACCAACAUUAUCAACGUGACCAACAUCAACCGCAACCACACCGGCUGGUACCGCUGUGUGGCCAGCAACGCCGUCAACAGUGAGAGCUCCAACCGGUUAUGGCUGGACACCAUCUGUGAGUAUUUGGGAGUUUGGUUGGCCCGGAUGUCCCUCAGAUAG